AUGCACUUCCUCAAACUCAGUCAAGUCCUUCUUGCCUUUUCUUCUCUCCCACUUGGCCUCUGCCUCACUAAACGCACUGCGCAAGUCAAGAUUCGCAAUGAUACACCCGACCCCAUCACCGCCGCCGCCAUCUCGCACAAGUAUAGCGACGUCUACAAAAACCAGCUAGACUUUGACACUAUCGCAUCAGGCAAGACAUCCGCCGACGCUCUGACCGUUGAAUACAACACUGGCGCAUUCACCACCGGCCGCGACUGGUGGCUGAUCACCUACCACCGCGAGCGCGCUGACGCUGAGCGCAAAAACGAACUCAAAAUGUGGUACUCGGACCCCUCGAACUUCCGCAGCAUUAUCGACACGCUAGAAAAAGCUGCACCGGCGAUCAUCAAGACUGCGAUCAAUGUGGCCAAGGGAUCGAAUCCGGCGUACCUUCCUGCGGCAAAAGCGGCGCAAAUUGUGGCGAAGCAGAUGAACAAGCUCUUGUUCAAUAGUGAGUCUACGGCGGGCUUCAAGCAGCAUAUUCUGCGGAGCGAGGAUGAAAGAAAGGUGACGAUAAUCACGAUUCAUGGAGAUAACACGAUUUCGUUUCAGUCGGAGUCGGGGAAUUCAAAAACAGUCACUUCGACUAAGUGGAUUGCUGCUGAGCAUGCUUGA